AUGGCUAAAAAUAUCUUUGACAUUCUCAACUCUGUUAAUAAGUUGUGGGUUGACAUUUUUAAGUUAAAGUACCAUGGUUGGCAUGUUUGGAAUCCGGCUAAUGUUUCACAAUCUUCCUGGUUUUAUAAAUCCAUUUGCAACUCCGCCAACUUUAUCAAACCUAAUCUCAGAAUUCUUUCUUGUAAUCCCACUUCUGUUGACUUUUUGCAUGAUCCUUGUCUUCUUGAUCUUCCUUUCUCUAAAAAACCAACCUUUUUGAACAUGUCUGCUGACCUUGAGGAUCUUCACUUCUCUGAUCUCUGCACCACUAGUGCCCUUUGUUUUGCAUCUGUGGGCAACUUACUGGGUCAUUACCUUAAUUGGGACUUGAUUGGUAAAAUCACUAUUAGCAGAGAUAGCCCUAACCGCUGGGUUUGGGGCUCGCUCACCUCUAAAUCCUCCACUGCUUCUGCUGUUUAUCAUGACUCCAAUUGUUUGCAUAAUUCUUCAGACACUUGGCUUGGUUGGUCUGAAAUUUGGAAACUUGUUGUGCUUCCCCAUACAAAAUCUUUCAUUUGGAAAUUGGCUCACGGAAAACUUGCUACUGGGGCUUUUCUUUAUAGUCUCAACAUUGGCCCUUUUAUGUUAUGUCCUUUUUGUGGUUUGGAGGAAGAAUCGACUGCUCACCUUCUGUGGUUGUGUACCAAAAUUUUUACUUGUUGGGCUAACCUAUUACUUCGACUUGGCUUGAGUCCUCUUUCCCAUGCCAACUUUGAUUCUGGAGCUUGGCUUACGACUAACUAUGGAUCUCGUUUUUUCAAUUUCAGGGUUAAAGCUCUUAUUGCCACCCUGACUUGGCUCAUCUGGAAGCAACGCUGCAACCUGAUUUUUAGGAAAAUCCCUACAAAUCUUAGCUCCCUUGUCCCUCAAGCUUGGUCCCUUUGCACUGACAUUUCUUUGCGCUCUUCUAGGGAGGUUUUCACUUCUUUGGACUCAUCCCAUUCUGUCUCCAUUUAUUCGGAUGCAUCCUGGCUUCCUAGGGUGAUCUCUGCUGGCCUCGGCUUUGUUAUCAUUGAUAGCUCUAAUCGCAUUCUUCUUGCAUGA